GGACUGCGAGGAGUGGGGGCUGGGGACUGGCGUGCUCCUCCGCCGCGGAAUGGGGACAGCAGAGCCCACCGUCCCCCGGGGGAAGAAAGCCGCCGCGCCCCCUACGGCCAAACCCCUUCCUAGUCCCGUGAGAUAGAUUACAGACCGUGACUUCGCCUCGGGUGUUCAGAUACGCCCUUCCAUCAUCCCUCCUCCACCCCGUCGCCAUUUCGCUCCCACUUGUCCCCAGGACCUGGUGCCUAGGGGAACCCCUGCCAAAUUAGACAGCUUCCUUCGGAAUCUCCCUCCCGCCUGCUUCCCCCACUCCCACUUCGGGAAGGGAGCUGAGGGAAGACCCUCCAGUACAGUCUUCGUCUUCCAUGGCUGUGGUUCUCUGGGGCACUCUCCUUCCUCCCCACCCCGCCACCUUGGUCUGUCUUCCUCCUCCCUUUGCUCUGCCCCACUUCAUCUUGUCUCCCCUACUACCUCUCUUUUCGAGAUCUCUGUUGUCUUCCAGCCUCUUUUCUGGCUUUCUCCUUGCCUUGACCCCUUCCCUUACCAAAUACUCGGGGAGAAGGGGGUGUGUCACGCUGCUUUCUAUUUAUGGUCUCCCUGGGGAGGGUGUGCAGUGGUGGGACUUCAUUGGCAUCAGCUGAGCCCGAAGUCACAAGAUGUCAUGUCUGUAAUUCAGUAUCCGUGCCUCCCCGCGCUCCCCUCUCCCAUCGUCUCCCGCUGGGAAUCUCCCUAUCCGCCUUUGUCUCCUUUCUGCCUCCUUUCUUGUCUUCGCUCUCUUCUUUGGGCGCUUUGUGUAGCUGCCGUCUCUUUGUCCCCGCCUCUCUGCUCCCUCUCCUCCCUCUUCCAGCUCGGAAAAACUGGGACCUCAAGGGCGUCAGUGUUUCAGGUGUGCGGGGUGCAGUGGAGGUGGGGGUGGUGUGGGCUCCCAGUAUGCCCAGCAAUGACUCCAACCAUUCCCCUCUCCCUAGAGUGAUCAUUCAUAUUGAAGAGAUUGAAAGAACGAAUACAAGGAUGUAGGGAUAUAGAUGGCAAGGGAAAUGCUGCCCCUCUUCCUGGAGCUACAUCUCUUCCAGGAGAUGCCUGAACUACAUUUCCCACAGUGCCCUGGAGGCACAAGGCUGCUUCUGCCUAGACACUUUAUGGAAGUUAUAGUUCAAAGAGCCAGGUUGGAGGUCGUCAUACUGGAGAGUGGGGAGUGAUCAGAGUGUGCAGCAAGAGUUGGAGGACUGGCCGGUAGCUUUGGCUUGGCCUGAAACCCCAGACCUACUUUGUUCCCAGCACUUACCUCCCCCAAGGUUUAAGGACUUUGGAACCUUCGUGUCCCCAAAAAGGGGAACAGGAGUAGAGGAGUGCCUGAGAAGAAAAAAUGGGGGAUGAAGUAGCAACCUCUUCCUUCUUCCCUGUGACCCUGGGAACUCCCCCUCCCCUUACGAACAACCUUAUCUGAGAUGUUGUAGAGACACCAUUAGAAAUAGUCUCCCCAUGUUAAAAGCAAGGGGGUGGGGGGAAACAAGAGCCUAAUGUCUUAGAUUAGCUGUAUGUGUUCCAGUCUACAAUUUGCAAAUAUUCUGCCCCCUUUGGUAGGCAGUGGAGAAUUGUUGGAGUUACCAUCGAACUACGAGCUUGUAUUUUCCACGGACCCAUGAACAGCUGGGUAAUGAAGCUGGAAGCUGGCUGUGGUAUAGCCACCUCAGAGGUCCCUAAGGCCGAAAAAGAGGCUCAGCCAGAUUCUGAGCCAUGGUGGCCACAGGAAGCCAGAGCCAAGUCCAAGUCUGGUUCAGGGCUUGAGACUGAGGACAAACUCCUGAGGGCCGAGUCAGGGCCUGAGGCCAAGGCCGAGUCCUUGGGGGCCGCACCCAGGUCUGGAUCUAGGCCUGAGGACGAGGCAUUGUUCUUCGUGGUGGCCACAGAACAGGAGUUUGAGGAGGUAUUGGCUAUCUUCCGGGACAUCUACAGUGGCCUUGACUACCUUCCUAGCCGCUACCACAGCUGGCUCCGGGAUCCCAACCGCACUGUGGUGCUGGCCAAGCGCAACGGAGGACUGAUCGUGCUGGUGCACGUGAUUGAUGCCCGGGAGACGGCGCUGGUGGAGGGGCCGCGCGUGGCGCCCUGGGAGCGCGGCAAGGGCGUGGCCGGGCUGCUGCAGCGCUUCUGCUCGCAGCUGGUCAAGCGACAGUACCCAGGGGUCAAGGUGGUACGGCUCACCCGGGAUGACCAGCUGGGCCCCUGUGAGCUUAAGAAAUACCGCCUAGUCACCAAGCAGGUCCUUUGGGUUCGAUUCAACGCGUCGGCGCUGCUUGCCAGGCUGGGCGCGCGGCUGGCGGCGCUGCGGACUUCCGGCACCUUCUCGCCGCUGCCCACCAAGGUCCUGUCGGAGGCUGGCGGCGACGUGGCACGCCUCCUGCUGUCACCCUCCGUGCAGCGCGACGUGCUUCCGGGAGGGACCAUCAUCCAAGACUGGCAGCCCUACCAGCCGAGCGAGAGCAACCUGCGUCUGCUGGCGGCCAAAGACAUAGAGUGGCUCUUGGACAGUCGCGCGCGCCCGCGCGUUCUCGCGCUGUGCACGCUCCCCUUCCCCAUCCCGCAUGGCGGCGACUGCACUUGACGCUACCUCAACAUCGACGCCUUCGGCUGCGACAGCGCGCAGGUGCAAAGCCAGCUUCUGUGGCACCUGCAGUGCCAGGCCUCGCGUCUCACCGGCCUCAACGUCAUGUGCCAGAUCUUCCUGGCGCCCCAAUUAUGGUCACAGCUGGCUGAUUUCUUCCAGGCCGGCUUGGGGCUCGAGCUGGUCAAGGGUUACACUGAACAGUACCUGCUGGAGUCCGACAUCUGAGGCCUCUACUAUCGAGGAGAAAGUCGCACUUUAGGCCCGCCCCCUUCCCCAGGUCCCCAGAAAGCCCCACCCCUAUUUGCAAACUCCACCGGGUCCCCCGCCCUCUAUCCUGCCACUUACCCUUACCCGAAGCCGAUCCUUCCCUUUUCCCCUUACUACUCUACCAUCUUGCUUCUAGCGCCCCCGAAUGCCGUAAGGGAGCCCCUUUCGUUUGCUAUUGUCCGCUCUUUCCUUUUUCCAGCCAAAGAACCGGUCGGUCGGUCACACACAUGCACACACACACACGCACACACGGCCAAAGAACUGGUUCUUGCACAGGCUUCAGAGACUUUCCCUAUCCGUUGCCCUUUCUUGCUUCUCCCUUCUGCCUCCUCGCGGGUUGAAACGGGCAGAAGUGUGUGCAAUGCCCAGCACCUGGUCAGGAGCACAACUGCUCAAUACGUAUUACUUUUUUUCCUCCUGUUCUUUCUCAAGCCCUGGGAGCUUGCCCCAUGCUCCCCUCCUCGCUGCGGUCUCAGCCUUCUGUGACUCUAGGUCAGUGUCCUCUCCCUCCUCUCUGUGCCCCAAUCCACCGCCUCCCUAGACCUCCCAGACACAUUGCCCAUCUUUCUGCCUCGCUAUUUCUCUUCCCCAUGACCUCUUCAUCACCUGCCCUGUGUCAAAUACAGAGAGAGACCCUGUAAAUGAAACAGAUUUAUAAUGCCCCCUAUUUUGGCCCUCCAUUUACACUGGUGAUGCAACCUUUCUGAGCCUGCCCCCUCUGACUGUGGUUUCCUCUAAAUCUGCAGAUGUUGCUGUUUCGCAGGCCCCUUCCCAAUUCCCCCAAAAGGGUGGCAUGAACCAGAGGGUUUGGGCUAGAGAGUUUGGUGUAGUGGAAGGUAGGUCCUUCAACCCAUGUGGGGCUGUUUCCUGAUUCUAACCAGGCUGCCUUCUAGUGAAUCCCCACCUCCAGAUAUUUCUGGACACUCUUCUUCUGGUUCCCUUAUGCCUUUUGGAUUCUGACAGUCUAUUUAAAUGCAAGUAGUAACAGCUGCAUUUGCACAGAGCUAUCUCCUACACUGGAUCUUCACUUCCACCACAGAGGGAGGAAACAGAGGCUCAGAAAAAUCAAAAUGACUUCCCAGUCAUACGGUAGCUGGGUACCUCACAGGACUAAAACCCAGGUGUCCCGAGACCAAAGCAUGCCUCAGAACCUCACGUAGUGUGACAGUUGUAGCUUGAACUUCUUGUUGGACAAUGGGCAGUUGCUAAGGAUUCUUUGACAGCAAGCACAGGGUUCUCUGGGGAUAGAAUCCAAGAUGCGGGCAGAGGAAGGAGCCAGGAGGUGGAAGACAGGCAAAGGGGACUGCUGCUGCUUCACCACUGACCCCAGCUUUGCCGAUGUGCUGCUCUGCCUCUGCUGCCUCCAGUACUUGGCCAUUUUGCCACUCCUUGUCAAUUCAAUGAUGGUUGUCUUACAAUAAAACGGACCUUAAGCCUA